UAUACGUGUUGUAGAAUAUCAAAACACAUGAUGAUGAAGUGAUAAUUUGACGAGCAUCGAAUUUGUUAAUACUUACAAUCUGUAUUUUUACGAAUCUGUUAUUAUCCUUAGUGACAUGCAGAAGAAUAGUUUUGUUGGAAAUACAGCGUUAUAUUUAUUGUUCAGAUCUUAAACAAGGAUAUACAAAAGGUAACUUGAAUGUUUAUGGGUAAAAGUUAUUAAUUACUACAGAAUCAUUUGUUGAAAAUAAAUAUUACAUAAGAUUUAAAAUGUCUGAAGUGGAUGGUGGUGCUAUACCAACAACAAAUAAUCAGAACGGUGCGGCUAUACAUAACAAUCAUAUUGCUGGUGGUGCAACUCAGCCAAAUUUGAAUAAUAAUAACAUGAAUACCACUGGGAAUAAUAAUAAUCAAAUCCCAUUAGUUAAUGUGAGGGACAGAUUGUUUCAUGCAAUGUUUAUUAAGGCUGCAUUAACAUAUGCAAGAACAUUUCCAAGGCAUGUCAGGAGACUUAUUGAAUUUAUAGUUUUAUUAAAGGCUAUAUUAGCAUUUUUUGUGCUGGCUUAUAUUCACAUAGUAUUUUCACGUGUACCAGCUAAUUGUUUGGAACAUAUAAGAGAUGAUUGGCCACGAGAUGGUAUAUUAAGAGUUGAAAUACUUAGAAAUGGAGGAGAAGAUUAUAGUAUAGAAAAGAGUUACGUAAAAGAAGAGAAAUUAAGACAAGAAAAAGUUGAUGACUUAACUAAUGCUUUGGGGAUAUUAACUAGAGAUGGGUUUAUUAUCAUUGAACCAUCUGCUGUUGAUGAAGAUAGUGAUACUACAAAUGUGUCUAAUGAAGAAAGUCAUGAUAAUUUAUCAUUACCCAAGAAAGAUAUAGUUAUCAGAGGUGCUACUGUUUCCGGCGAUGCACAAGAUCCAAAAUUAAGUAUAAAUAAUACAAGUCCUUUACUAUCUACAACAUUUUGGAAUGAUCUAAAUAUAGACAAGAAAGAAACAUCAAAUGAGAAGACAGUAUUACUAGAAAGCGCACAAAAUAGAACCACAGGACCCGAUGCAAAUAAAUUAGAUAAAGAAGAUGUUAUCCAACUUUUAAAAGAGCAAAACUUUGAAUCUGAUAAGUUUGCUAGAACAGACGAUGGUUAUAUUGUUGAAUAUUCAUUGGAAUAUGGUUUCUUGAGAUUGUCACCUGCAGCCAGACAGAGAUUAAACAUUCCUGUAAAAGUUGUUACUUUGGAUCCUAUGAAUGACAAAUGUUUUGGUGAUGAUUUUUCGAGAUUAAUACUUGAUGAAUUCUUGGGAUAUGAUGAUUUACUAAUGACGAGUAUUAAGACACUGGCAGAGCACGAAGACAAUAAAGGCUUUUUACGAAAUGUGGUAACCGGAGAACAUUAUCGAUUUGUAAGCUUGUGGAUGGCCAGAACGUCGUAUCUUGCUGCAUUUUGCAUCAUGUUAAUUUUUACUAUCUCCGUUUCUAUGUUACUACGGUAUUCGCAUCACCAGAUUUUCGUGUUUAUUGUGGAUCUACUUCACAUGUUGGAGUUCAAUUUACCGAUAUCGUUUCCGGCUGCGUCUCUACUUACAGUGAUACUGGCCCUUGUCGGGAUGGAGGCAAUCAUGUCAGAAUUUUUCAACGACAAUAGAACUGCUUUUUACAUCAUACUGAUUGUCUGGAUUGCUGAUCAGUAUGACGUUGUUUGCUGUCACACACAAGUUACGAAGAGGUAUUGGCUUCGGUUCUUCUAUUUGUACCACUUUUCGUUCUACGCUUACCAUUACCGAUUUAAUGGGCAGUACAGCAGUCUGGCGCUUGUCACAUCUUGGCUGUUCAUACAGCACUCGAUGCUAUACUUCUUCCAUCAUUACGAGCUGCCUGUGAUUCUGCAACAGGCGCAGUUACAAAACCUUCUGUUUCAUAACCAUGGGCAGCCUCGCAUGGCUGAACUAUCGCCAGAAUCUCAAUCCAGACUGAACGUAACGCUCGCUAGUCCUGUCCCAUCCCCUGAAUCGACCCCGACAUGGGAAGGAUCGGACGCUACGGUGUCUGAACCGGCAGAAGAAGUAUCUUCGACGAGUUCAACGGUGCAGAUUGCGUCGGAGUCGACCAAUUCCGAGGGACAAGUCGCGGAAGAAGCCAGAAGCACGACAAACGGUUCUCAGUCGAGCGAACAACAAAGUAACGAAGCAACAGGGAGCCCAGCGGCGUCGAGCACGAGCACCGAUACGAGCACGGAAGCGAAAUCAGCAGCGCCAACAUCUGGUAGCGCUAUUUCCUCUUCCGAGGUAGGAGACAAUGGAUCGUCCACAGAUAUUUCUACGUCGGAAGGCUUUGAAGUGAUCGAGGCUACGCAAGCGACCCGGAAGGAAACGGCGUCCUAUCAGGACAAGCAAGAACACUAAAUGCCUCGAGCCAUGCCAGUUGCAUAGCGGAUAGCCUGGGAGAAGAGGUUGUCAUUUCAGAGCGUCCCGGAGCUGAAAAAUCUCGAGGAUCCCAGACAAUUGGACACGGGCUGUAUCGUUCGCUGUGGAUCAUACAGGGGCAAAUAAAACGUUUAUUUUAUAACGUAUCGAUAUCGAAAGUCUGGGAAAGCCCGUCCAUCGGCGGAGCGGCCUGAAACCUGGGGUGUCAGGUUUUAACGAGUAACCGGGGAACUGAAGAUCGGUAGGGAUGAAACGAGAUAAGUAACUGGAUUUCAUCGUGCACGGGACCAGAUAGCUAGGAAAUACACUCCUACCAAGAGAUUAACGUUUGCAAUAUCGUAUUCCCGGGGUCAGAGAGAAAGACGAAUAACUACGAAGGUGACGGAACGAGGUUUUCCGAGGCGGAUUCUUUUUAACUGUUUGUAAAGAGGUUAGGAUAGAUUUUAGAAAUUUCUGACUUUCGUUUCGACCGGAAUCGAGGAACGAGCUUUUCUUUAAAGCGCCGAUCGCUUUGGUUCAUCGAGCAUUCAUAGAUCAAUGGCGUCGAAUUUUAAUGGUCCGAAUGGGUAAUGCAACCGAACAGUGUGGAUGAUUGAUCUUCAUGCAUAAACAGUUUCUAGAACUGUCGAAUUUUAAACGGUAUUGUACCUUUUACGUUUACCUCGAAACGGGACAGUUAUAUCUGGCGAAAUUGCAAAAAAAUACCGGGACUGCGAUCCAUGAACAUAACAAAUCGAAACUUCAGUAUGUAUCUUUUCUUUUCUCACGUUGCCUGGAGGGGAGGUCCCGUUUUCGUGAACAAAAGUCUCAGUACGAACAAAGAACUUUUCGAAUUUCGUACUGCAACGAUGAGGAUGACUUUUAUGAAGUGGCCGAUGCAUAAUGGGAGAAAAAGCUGUACAAAUUCAAGUGAACGGAAACAUGACAUAUAGUGAUAAAAAAAGGGAAUUGUUUUUCAACGUAACCAUGACUCGAAGAGCGUGUGGAGAUACUGUUCGUGCGAAGAAAAUAUAGAUUACCGUACAACUCCUUUAUCAACGCAGAUACGUAGACGAUCAUACAAUAUUUCUAUCUAUCCCCUUCGUGUCUGCACAUCUAAAUGCAGCGAAUAUUUUUUUUUAUCUGCAUUAAUCUGUUUUGAUAUUCAUACAGUAACGAAAAAAAAAAAAAAAACAAUGCAAAUUGAUCGCGCGACUGUUUGAUCAUUUAAUCAAAGGAUAACCCAUGAAAGGUAAAAGUCCGUACGAAAGUCCAGAGAUGAUCGAGCGUCGGUUACUUCAUAAGCGAUUAUGGUUUAUUUAUAUAUUUUAUGUCGUAGAUAGGUAAUUGGUUGAAAUUUACGUGUACGAUCAUGGUUUGGGUUCACCUUCGAGAAUGCUCGGGAGAUUCUAACUCCUGGUAGUCGAGCUAGCGUCGACCGUGACGAAUCUUUGUAUCGAUAAUGCCGUUUGUACAGAAACAACCGAGACUUAAGUCGCGCGAUUCAUUCAUAUCUCGCAGCAAGUUCUCCGACGUUAUCCUUAGGCUUAAUUAAUUAAGUCGCUUAGUUGAUAAUCUCACUCGUGGGAAUUGUAGCGCGUUGGAGGUGUGUCGGCGUCGUGAACAAAUUUCACAAGUUAACGAUCAAAACUACGAGAGAGAUGAAACGGGGGAAGAGCGUGUACAUUACGAGCGUCAGUGGAAACGGAAAAUUCACCCGUAAACGUCGAGGUAUCCGCGUUCACGUGUUAUUAUCUAAGGCUUUGAUCGCUGAUUAUUGUAACAUAAGUUUUACUGUAUCAUACGUCCGAGGGGGAGGCGUUGUCGCAACGUCUCUCGCGUGUUUGUUCACCUACUUUUUUCUAUAUCGGUUAUAAACGCGUUUCCGGUGGUAAAUGCGAAACGCGCGACACGUCGAAAUUAGAUUUAAGAGGCAGCGACUCGUAGAGUAAGAAUUAAACUGGUGACAGAAUUUGUUAAGAGAUAUUUACUGCACAUAUAUUUAUUCAUUUACUAUCAGCGUUCUUCUAUCGGCGUGCAUCUGUUAGGUUGUCCAAUAAUUUCAUAUCAUUGAAGAAAAUAUUUAUCUCUUUCUGUUUACAAUCUCGUUCCAACGUUCGAUUAGCUUUUGUACAACAUCGAAGAAAAAAAUUCCCGCGGUUCAGCGCCGACGAACUGAACCAAUUUUUUUCGUUAGUUUCGAAGGAGACAAUAGAAAUAGGUGGGUGUCGGAUAAGUCUGUAAUCGAGGAGUAAAGUGAAUGUGGGAGGACCUUUCAACCAAGCUCUCGAAUAGCUAUUUUUGUCAUAGCUGCAACAUGCGGUCGGGCGUUAUCACGUUGAAGUAUCACCCCACGUUGACGAAUUGGGCUUUUCCGUUUAAUGACAUCGAUCAAUAGGCGAACUUGCUGGCUGUAUAACUGGGCAUUAAUUGUUUGAUUGUUCUCUAUCAAUUCGUAGUGAUUAUACGCUUCCAAUACCACCAAAUAUUGCUUGUUCGUCAGGACUCGUGCGCCCCCUUCGUAUUACAGACAUCGUGUUUCGUAUCUAAUAAUAAUCGUCUUUAAAAAUGGACGAUGAUGACAAA